AUGGUCCGCGCCAUCGCCAGCCGGCCAGCACUCGGAAGAUUUCCAUCGGCAGACUACGCAGACCUCCUCAAGACUGGCACCUUGAAAGCCGCGCCGCAAGGUCUGAAUCAAGUCUUCACGGCAACCACAGGAUCUGAUGCAAACGAGAAAGCGUACAAGGCCGCCUGCAUUUGGAAAGGGACCAGGGAACCGCAGCCGAGCAAGCCGAUUCACCAAUUCGAUGUGCCGGCUUUCGACUGGCUUGUGGCUCCUCUCCCGCAGUUUCAGUACCCCCUCGACCAAUUCGCAACUGAGAAUGCUGCUGAGGAGAGAGUGGUCAUUGAACCUGUGCAAGCCGGGGGCAGCGACAAUCAUGCGUCCCCUGCCUUCUUCCGCGGGCUUCGUGCGCUUAACAAGCGCAAGAGCGUGUUAACGAUCGCCGAUGAAGUUCAAACAGGAGUAGGUGCAACUGGCAAGUUCUGGGCCCACGAGCACUGGAAUCUCCCGUCUCCGCCAGACAUGGUCACCUUCUCGAAGACGGCGCAGGCGGCGAGUUUUUCUUCAGCGACGCUGGUCUACGGCCUGACAAGCCGAACCGGCAGCUCAAAUACUUGGGUAGGCGAUCUCGUGCGUGCGCUACUGUUCAAAGCGAUUCAUGGAGAGAUUGAGAAGCACGGGUUGGUUGAGCAAACGGCGCGGAUCGGCAGUCACCUGUACCGAGAGCUGGAGGCGCUGGCGGACAAGUACCCGCAAAACGUAUUGAACCCUCGUGGCAAGGAUCGCGGGACGUUUAUUGCGUGGGACUGUCCGCGAAGGGAGGAGGUUUUGGGCCAGGCCAAAUCGAAGGGGGUGAACAUGGGUGGCAGCGGCGAUGCUGCAAUCCGAUUACGGCCGAUGUUGGUGUUUGAGAGGCAUCAUGCCGACAUUUUCCUCGACGUCUUGGAAGGGGUAUUCAAGUGGCUGUCGUAG